AUGAAGCGCAUCUUCUCCUGCUCCAGUUCGCAAGUGGCGGUGGAGAAAUGGAACCGUCGUGAUCAGAAGCUGCUGGAGGCAGUGCAGCGGGGGGAUGUGGGACGCGUGGCUGCCUUGGCCUCUAGGAAGUCUGCCCGACCCACCAAACUAGACUCAAAUGGCCAGUCCCCGUUUCACCUGGCAGCCUCCAAAGGCCUGACAGAGUGUCUGACAAUCCUGCUUGCAAACGGGGCUGACAUCAACAGCAAGAACGAGGACGGAAGCACCGCCCUUCAUUUGGCCACCAUCUCCUGCCAGCCACAGUGUGUGAAGGUCUUACUUCAGCAUGGCGCAAAUGAAGAUGCCGUGGAUGCAGAAAACCGCAGUCCAUUACACUGGGCAGCCUCUUCUGGCUGUGCCUCAAGUGUCCUCCUGUUGUGUGACCACGAAGCCUUCCUGGAUGUGCUGGACAACGACGGACGCACACCACUGAUGAUUGCGUCGCUGGGUGGUCAUGCGGCUAUCUGCUCACAGCUGCUGCAGAGAGGUGCCCGAGUUAACGUCACAGACAAGGAUGACAAGUCAGCCUUGAUCCUGGCCUGUGAGAAAGGCAGCGCUGAGGUGGCUGAGCUGCUCCUGAGCCACGGAGCAGAUGCCGGAGCCGUGGACAGCCUGGGGCACAAUGCUCUGCAUUAUGCUUUGCAUACACAAGACAAGGAGCUGUGGAGGCUGCUGCAGCAGGCCCUGAACCGGCGGCGGAGAGGCGGUCAUGGACUGGUUCAACACCCAGAUCAUGUGUCUCAGACCUCUCCAUCCGAGCCUCAGGUGGGCUCUCCACCUAAAAGCUCAUGGAGAGCAGAGCCAGAGGAAGCACAGCAGGAGGAGGAGGCUGAAGAGCGGUGCUCAGAAGAGUGGAAGUGGAAGUAUGAAGAGGAGCAGAGGAAAGUCAAUCAUUUGGAGCAGGAGCUGGUGCGCAAGACAGAGGAGUGUAAGGCCCAAGCUGCAGCCCUCAAAGGUUUGGAAAACCAGGUUCGAGAGCAGGUGCAAGAACUGGGGCAUCUCCUAGUGCAAGAUCCCGGGGCUCCAGGAAGACCUGGAGGAGAUGGUAUGGAGCAGGGUUGUCCCCUGAAUCUGCUGGCUGAGCGAAUCCAGAAGCUUAAGAGGCAGCAGAAAGCAGCAGCCACUAUAAACCCAACAGUAGUUACCAGGAGAGCUGAAGAGUUGGCCGUAGCAGAGAUCCAGGGUGAAGUACACAGCAAGUCCCAACCAGAGCAGGGGCCACCCCAGAGCCCAAGGUCUGAGAGCAUCGGGAAGGUCACAGGACAGCAACCGAACGCCAGUGGGGGGCAGAACCUUGGCCUCAACAACACUGACCAGGUGUGUGUCAGCCAGAAGGAGAGGUUCCCGGCUCCAGGGAUUGAACAAGCAGGUGCAGUGGGAGAACCAGUGGGCAUAGCAGCCAUGAACCAGCUCCUCCUACAGCUAAGGGACGAGCUGGCUGCAGUGUGGCGAGAAAAGGAUGCUGCCAGAGGGGCUUUGUCAAGACCAGUUCUGGAGGGAGCCUUGGGGACUCCCAGGGCCGAGGCUGCAGCAGCUGCCUGGGAGAAAAUGGAAGCCAGGCUGGAGAGGGUGCUGGUGAGGUUGGAUCGAGCAAAAGCAGGACUGCUGGUGAAACCCGAGGUCCCUGCUCAGGGGUCCAGAGAGGGAGCCCCCAAAGCAGUCCCAGGAUGCACCAAAGAGCAAGAAGAAGAAAAGAGGGCUCCUGCAGCCAGGGGAGAGCCCCUAGGGGCCCCUGGAGGAGAACACGCCUCAGGAGGGGGCCUGGUUAAGGGACACCUGGAGAAAGAGGUGUCUGCGCUGAGACUGAGCAACAACAACUUGAUGGAGGAAUUGAGGGAGCUGGGGCGCGAGAGGCAACGCUUGCAAGGAGAACUCCAGUCCUUGACCCAGAGGCUACAGCGGGAGUUUGUGCCCAAGCCCGAGGCUCAGGUCCAGCUACAGCAGUUGCGGCGAAGCGUCGGGUUGUUGACGGAGGAAUUGGCCAUGGAGAAGGAGGCUACAGAGAACCUGCGCAGGCAACUUGCUUCCCAGAGCAGCGGCCUCCAAGGACUGCGGAACUGCCUGCCCCCAGACCUCGUGGGCAAGGGGAGUGCAGGGAGUACAGCUGCAGAACCCCUGGAAGAGCUGCAGACCUGCAUAAGCACCCUGGUGAAUAAGCACCUUGAGGCCCAGAAGGCGCUGGCUCGCUUGGAGGAGGAAAACCAGCAGUUGCGAGGAUCCUUGGUCCCCUGUGGGAAGCCAGAAGCCUCCCUGAAGGCUACAGCAUCUCCCCAAGUGGCCGCCUUGGAGCAAGAUCUGGGGAUGCUGGAGGAAGAGCUGCGGGCUGUGCAAGCCACGAUGAGCGGGAAGAGCCAGGAGAUCUGCAAGCUGAAGCAGCUGCUCUAUCAAGCCACGGAAGAAGUGGCCGAGCUGAGGGCCCGGGAAGCAGCCAGCCUGCGGCAGCACGAGAAAACGCGAGGCUCACUGGUUGCCCAGGCGCAGGCUUGGGGCCAGGAGCUCAAAGUUGUGCUGGAGAAGUACAACACAGCCUGUCGGGAAAUGGCUCGGUUGCGGGACGCGGCGGCAGAGGAGCGUCGCCGCAGCGAGGAUCUAGCGGCUCGGGCGGCCGAGCAGGAGCGCCAGGCAGGCGAGAUGCGCGGGCGCUCGGAGCAGUUCGAGAAAACCGUUGAGUUGCUCAAAGAGAAAACAGAUCACCUCAUAGGGGCUUGCCGGGACAAGGAGGCCAAGAUCAAAGAAUUACUGAAGACGCUGGAGAAACUCUCCGAGGAGGUUCUACAGGUCCGGGGGGAGAAUACUCAACUUGCCCUGCAGCUGCAGGAUUCCCAGAAGAACCAUGAAGAGACCAUCUCUACCUACAGGAAUCAUCUGCUGAACGCUGCUCGGGGCUACAUGGAACAAGAUGUGUACAAUAUCCUACUCCGAAUCGUCAGCAUGCAGGAGUGA